UAACAUAUAGCUUUCUGCUACUCCUCGACGAUUAAUUGUAUUAGGGUUUUCACUUUUCUCGAGUAACUCUUGUCGCUGUACGUAAACAAUAUUCCGCUGUCGUUGUUCAUCUCUGUCUCGCCGAUUCUCGGUUUUCAUCGGUUAACUGCAUACUGCUAGGGCGCACAGUGAGAAAGCGGCGGAACCAGUGACUGCGACCGGCAAGCAGAGGAAGCUCCAGCAAAAAUGUCGUCGCUGAAGAAUGUUCUUCCUCAAAGAAUUCACAAGGAACGAGCUCAGCCGGAGUCGAGAAAGAAAUUUGGGCUUCUGGAGAAGCACAAAGACUAUGUUGUUCGUGCAAAGGCGUUCCAGAAGAAGCAAGAGACUCUACAGAGGCUCAGAGAGAAAGCAGCUUUCAGAAAUCCUGAUGAGUUCAACUUUGGCAUGAUCAAGUCCAGAACGGUAGAUGGAAUCCAUCGUUCAGUGGGCGAGGCAAAUAAAUACACACAAGAAGAACUAAUGCUGAUGAAGACGCAAGACAUAGGAUAUGUGCUUCAGAAACUUCAGAGCGAGAAAAAGAAAGUUGAAAAGCUUUCGUCUGUCUUGCACGUCGGAAACCAGGCAUCAAACAGACACGUCUAUUUUGCCGAAGACAGAGAGGAUGCUGAAGAGAUAAGGUCACGUUGUGCCAAAAACAACGAGGGUACUUCCAAUGCGGAAAAGCCUUUGCCUGAUUAUAUUAAGAGGAGAUUAGCCGGCUCUUACAGAGAGCUAGAAGCCCGGAAGAACCGGGCGACUCAGUUAGAGAAGCUGUACAUGGAGAUGACAUUGCAGAAAGAACUGCAGAAAAAGGGACGAAAGCGCAAGCUGCGUGAAGACGAGACCGUGGCGCCAACAUCAGGGCCAGUAUACAAGUGGAGAAGAGAACGGAAGAGGUGAAAAAUCAGCGAUUAUUUAAGGUGCUGUCUGUUUGUAGGUCUAUCAAAUUCAUUUAGCCGCCAGGAGAGGGCUGAAAGUUCAUUUUCACAGCUAAAGUGACUCUGAUGCCGAAUUUGGAUCAGGUGGUAGAGAAAGAGGUGCGUGGUAGUUAGUUAUGUUCUCAUCUAUUAUCCCGACAACACAACGAAAAUUAGCAGAAACUAGUGAAAUUAGUAGCUUUCUUGUUGUUUUUCAAAAUUUGUUUCUUGUGGAAUAAUAUAAGUAUUGAAAU